AUGGCCAAGAUGGUCAACUUCUACUACCAGGAGGAUAUUCUGUCCCUUUAUCAGAAGCCAGAGAAGAAAAAUUUCCUCUGCCCUCCAAUGUUUGAUAACUGGGUCUAUGAAGUAACUGACAAGCCACAGUCCCAGAAAUCCUGGAUUGAAGGAGUGUUUGACAAGAGAGAAUGUAGCAAAAUCAUACCCAGCUCAAAAGGCCCUCACAGAUGUACUGCAGGAUGCCAGGUCUGCCAGAAUUUAAUCAGGUGUAGCUGUGGGCGAUUGAUUGGAGACCAUCAUGGGAUAGAUCAUCCUUGGACUAUCUCAGCCGCCAAUGGUGUUGAAAAUGAACAAUGGUCUGUUGAAAAACACACAAGGAAAAGCCCUACCGAUACCUUUGGCACUAUUAAUUUCCAAGAUGGAGAACAUACCUACCAUUCCAAGUAUAUCAGAACUUCUUAUGAUACAAAGUUGGAUCAUCUGUUACAUUUAAUGUUGAAAGAAUGGAAGAUGGAACUGCCAAAGCUGGUCAUCUCUGUCCAUGGAGGCAUCCAGAACUUUAAAAUGCUCUCUAAACUUAAAGAGAUCUUCAGCCAAGGUUUAGUUAAAGCUGCAAAGACAACAGGAGCCUGGAUCAUUACUGAAGGCAUUAACACAGGAGUGUCCAAACAUGUUGGGGAUGCCCUGAAAGCUCACUCUUCUCAGACCUUGAGAAAAAUCUCAACAGUUGGAAUCCCUCCUUGGGGAGUCAUUGAGAACCAGAGAGAUCUUAUUGGAAAAGAUGUGGUGUGCCUAUACCAGACUCUGGGCAACCCCCUCAGCAAGCUCACCACUCUGAACAGCAUGCACUCACAUUUCAUCUUGUCUGAUGAUGGAACUGUGGGCAAAUAUGGAAAUGAGAUGAAGCUCAGGAGGAGCCUGGAAAAAUACCUCUCGCUGCAGAAAAUACACAGCUGCUCAGGACAAGGUGUGCCUGUGGUGGGGCUGGUGGUGGAAGGAGGGCCCAAUGUCAUCAUCUCAGUGUGGGACACUGUGAAGGACAAAGAUCCAGUGGUGGUUUGUGAAGGGACGGGCAGGGCUGCCGACCUCCUGGCCUUCACCCACAAACACCUAGCAGAUGAAGGGACCCUCCGUCCUCACGUGAAGGAGGAAAUCAUAUGCACGAUUCAGAAAACUUUCAACUUUAGUCUUAAACAGUCCAAGCACCUUUUUCAAAUUCUGAUGGAAUGCAUGGUGCAUAGGGACUAUAUUACCAUAUUUGAUGCUGAUUCUGAGGAAUCACAAGAUCUGGAUUUGGCAAUCCUAACAGCUCUGCUAAAGGGUACAAAUUUAUCAGCAUCAGAACAAUUAAAUCUGGCAAUGGCUUGGGACAGAGUGGACAUUGCCAAGAAACAUAUUCUAAUUCAUGGGCAACAUUGGCAGCCUGGCUCACUGGAACAAGCAAUGUUAGAUGCUUUAAUGAUGGAUCGGGUGGAUUUCGUGAAGCUCUUAAUAGAAUAUGGAGUGAACCUCCAUCGCUUUCUUACUAUUCCCCGACUGGAAGAGCUUUAUAAUACAAAACAAGGGCCUACUAAUAUGCUGUUACAUCAUCUUGUCCAAGAUGUAAAACAGCACACCCUUCUCUUGGGCUACAAAAUUACACUGAUUGACAUUGGAUUGGUAAUAGAAUACCUCAUUGGUGGAGCUUAUCGAAGCAGCUAUACUAGAAAAAAUUUCAGAGCCCUUUACAACAACCUCUUCAGAAAACACAAGCAUCCCCUUCACCAAAGACGCUCCUCAGGAAAUAAGAAUGAAUCUGCAGAAAGCACGCUGCAUUCCCAGUUCAUCAGAACUGCCCAGCCUUACAAACUUAAGGAGAAGGCUGUUGUCCAUAAAUCAAGGAAGAAGUCAAAAGAAGAACAAAAAUUAUCUGAUGACCCUGAUUCUACUGGUUUUAUUUACCCUUAUAAUGAUCUGCUGGUGUGGGCUGUGCUAAUGAAAAGGCAGAAGAUGGCAAUGUUCUUCUGGCAACAUGGAGAGGAAGCCACCGCGAAGGCAGUGAUUGCCAGUAUACUCUACCGAGCAAUGGCCCGUGAAGCCAAGGAGAGCAACAUGGUGGAUGAUGCCUCUGACGAAUUGAAAAAUUACUCAAAACAGUUUGGCCAGCUUGCCCUGGAUGUUUUGGAAAAGGCAUUUAAGCAGAAUGAGAGAAUGGCCAUGAAAUUGUUGACCUAUGAACUCAAGAACUGGAGCAAUUCUACCUGUUUGAAACUGGCUGUGUCUGGAGGAGUGCGACCUUUUGUUUCACAUACUUGUACCCAAAUGUUGUUGACGGACAUGUGGAUGGGCCGCCUGAAAAUGAGGAAGAGCUCUUGGUUAAAGAUCAUCAUUAGCAUUCUUUUACCAGCCACAAUUUUGACAUUGGAAUUUAAAAGCAAAGCAGAAAUGUCACAUGUCCCCCAGGCCCAGGACUCCCAGUUUACAUGGUAUUAUAGUGACCAGAACCCCAACGAUGCCAAAGAAGGUGCUUCACCGAAAGACAGUGAUUUGGAAAAGGGCCCUGAUGAGAAACUUGAAGGAAAUCAGCACUUUGAUUUUAAGAGUGGACCCAAAAGCCUUCCAUGGACCAGAAAAGUCUACGAGUUCUACAAUGCUCCAAUUGUCAAGUUUUGUUUUUACACGAUGGUGUAUUUGGCAUUCCUCAUGCUGUUCACUUACACUGUGUUGGUGGAGAUGCAGCCCCAGCCCAGUGUGCAAGAGUGGCUUGUUAUCAUUUACAUUUUCACCAAUGCCAUUGAGAAAAUCAGGGAGGUUUGUAUUUCAGAGCCUGGGAAAUUUACUCAAAAGGUGAAGGUAUGGAUUAGUGAGUACUGGAACCUAAUGGAAACUUUGGCCAUUGGCCUGUUUUCAGUUGGUUUUGGCCUUCGGUUAGGUGACCCUCCUUUCCACACAGCAGGAAGACUAAUAUACUGCAUAGACAUCAUAUUCUGGUUUUCACGUCUCCUGGACUUCUUUGCUGUCAAUCAACGUGCAGGUCAAUACGUAACCAUGAUUGCAAAAAUGACAGCAAACAUGUUCUACAUUGUCAUCAUAAUGGCCAUAGUAUUGCUGAGCUUUGGAGUGGCACGCAAGGCCAUCCUUUCACCAAAAGAGCUUCCAUCUUGGAGCCUAGCUCGGGAUAUUGUAUUUGAGCCAUAUUGGAUGAUAUAUGGAGAAGUCUACGCUGGAGACAUAGAUGUUUGCUCAAAAAUGUCAACUUGCCCUCCUGGUUCUUUUCUUACUCCAUUUCUCCAAGCUGUCUACCUAUUUGUGCAAUAUAUCAUCAUGGUGAACCUGCUGAUUGCUUUCUUCAAUAACAUUUAUGUCGAUAUGAAAUCGAUUUCAAAUAACCUCUGGAAAUAUAAUCGCUAUCGCUACAUCAUGACCUACCACGAGAAGCCUUGGUUACCCCCUCCUUUCAUCCUACUGAGCCAUGUUGGUCUGUUCCUUCGCCGACUUUGGCAUCAUCGAGCUCCAAAGGACCAAGAAGAGGGUGAUGUUGGAUUAAAACUCUACCUGAGUAAAGAGGAUCUGAAGAAACUCCAUGAUUUUGAAGAGCAGUGCGUAGAAAAAUACUUCCAUGAGAAGAUGGAAGGUCUGAAUUAUAGUUAUGAGGAACAGAUCCGAGUGACAUCAGAAAGGGUACAAGAGAUGUACUUCCAGCUGAAAGAAAUGAAUGAAAAAGUAUCUUUUAUCAGGGAUUCCUUACUGUCUUUGGACAGCCAGGUGGGACACCUGCAAGACCUCUCUGCCCUGACAGUGGAUACACUAAAAGUCCUUUCUGCUGUUGACACCUUACAAGAGGAUGAGGUCCUCUUGGCCAACAGAAAACAUUCUGUUUGCAGGAAACUUCCCCACAGUUGGAGUAAUGUCAUCUGUGCAGAGGUUCUAGACAGCAUGGAGACCUCUGGACAGAAGAAAUACCAGUAUUAUAGCACUCCUCCUUCUUUACUUCGGAGCCUGGCUAGAGGUUGGCAUCCUCCAAGAGUACAGAAGGGGCCUCUUCUUGAGAUAACAGCAAGUCAGAAAAAGGCUUUAAACAUAAGAGGUGACCAUGAAGAACAAGAAACAGAAAAUAGUAUGGUUGCAUCUGGGGUGUCCACUAGCAAGAAAGCACAUCCAAAAUAUGGUCAAUUUCUCCUGGUUCCUACUUGUCAAAACCAAGGACCUUUUCCUGGAGAAUCUGAUUCAUCUAUGUUCAGGCCAUCUGUGGAGCCAGCUAUAGAUGAGCUGGCAAUUAAAAAAGCCACCCAUAAUCCAGUUCAUCAGAUUUGGCAAAUUCCAGUUGUCACAGCUCAAGAAUCAGCAAUUGAACACAAGGAGCCAUUAGAGCACUUAACUGAUGUACCAUACACAAAAGACAAGGGGGAGCAAGUUUUACCCACAUUGAGUUGUAAACCCGCACCCACAAAAGUCACUUCCCUGCCUUCCCAAGCUGAGAACAUGCGAACUGGAGGUGGAUAUGUGAACUGGGCAUUUUCAGAAGGUGAUGAAACUGGUGUGUUUAGUGUCAAGAAAAAACAGCAGAUCUGCAUAGCCUGCACUCAUAGUGAGUCCAGUCACAGUGGACAGUGCCAGGUGCAGACCCGAGGCAGGUCUCUAUCUGACAACUCAACAAAAUUGGCCCGAAGUAGUGCUUGCUCAGAGAUGGGACCAGCACUCCAACCAAACACAUCCUUUUGGAUCAAUCCUCUCCGAAGAGACAGGCCCUUUAUUAGGAGUCAUAGUCUGAGAUUCCACAAGGAAGAGAAAUUGAAGACCCCUAAGAGUAAAAAUCUUUCAAAAUCCUCAGAGAUAGGGCAUUCAAUGUGGAUCAAAACAAAAAUGCUAAACAAGGAUAGGAAACCAUCGAAGAAAAAGAAGAAAAAACAGGAAUUACAGGUUCCAGUCAUAACAGUCAACACCUGCUCUCAAAGUGGUUUGAGGAAUUCAGACUCAGGAGAAAGUAACACUUCCAAAGAGGGAUGCAGCAGCAACUGGCUCACGGUGUCCAAAUUUAGUCAGCUAAAUCUAGAACCUUAUAUGUAUCAGAAAAUGAAAACUAAAGAAAUUGAAUGGCAUACAGUACAAGUCAAUGAUUAUCUGAAGCAGUCUCAAGAGGAUUUGAGCAAAAACUCUCUGUGGAAUCCUCAGAGCACUGAACUCAGUAGAAACUCCCUGUUGAGAAGUUCAAGUGGAGUUAACAAAAUCUCAGCCUCCUUCAAAAGCCCUCAAGAGCCUCACCAACAUUAUUCAGCCAUCGAAAGGAACAAUUUAAUGAGGCUUUCUCAGACCAUACCAUUUACACCAAUCCAACUGUUUGCAGGAGAAGAGGUAACUGUCUACAGGCUAGAAGAAAGUUCCCCUUUGAACCUUGAUAAAAGCAUGUCUUCUUGGUCCCAGCAUGGGAGAUCUGCAAUGAUUCAGGUGUUGUCGCGAGAGGAGAUGGAUGGUGGCCUCCGCAAAGCCAUGAAAGUCAUCAGCACUUGGUCAGAGGAUGACCUCCUCAAGCCAGGGCAGGUUUUCAUUGUGAAGUCCUUUCUUCCGGAGGUUGUGCAGGCAUGGCAUACACUCUUCCAGGAGAAUACUGUGCUUCAUCUUUGCCUCAGGGAAAUUCAGCAACAAAGAGCUGCUCAGAAACUGAUUUAUACCUUCAACCAAGUGAAACCACAAACUAUUCCAUACAUGCCCAGGUUCCUGGAAGUUUUCUUAAUCUACUACCAUUCAGCCAACCAAUGGUUGACCAUUGAGAAGUACAUGACAGGAGAGUUCCGGAAGUACAACAAUAAUAAUGGUGAUGAAAUUGCCCCCAGCAACACCCUAGAGGAGCUAAUGCUGGCUUUCUCUCACUGGACCUAUGAGUAUACGCGGGGAGAGCUGCUGGUUUUGGAUUUGCAAGGUGUUGGAGAAAAUUUGACAGAUCCAUCUGUUAUAAAACCUGAAGACAAACAAUCAAGAGGAAUGGUGUUUGGACCAGCCAAUUUAGGGGAAGAUGCAAUUAGAAACUUCAUUGCUAAGCAUCGUUGCAACUCCUGCUGCCGGAAGCUCAAACUGCUGGAUUUAAAAAGAAAUGACUAUUCCCCCGGAAAGAUAAAUUCUACUUUUGGACUUAAAAUCAAUAUAGAACCAGCGGAGGGGCCUGAAGCUAGAGAAAGGAGUAGUAAUUCACCAGAAGAUCUCACACGAUUGUAACAAGGGGAGGAAUAAAGUGGCAGCCUGCUUUCCACA